AUGUCCGAUAUUGAGACUAGCUUUGACGAUGCCUCUUGUCUGUCCCCCCAGAGCCCCGGCUCGCCGUCACCCACCAAAAAGCAGAACAAGGAGACCAUCAUCACGAUAAACUGUGUGACGUUCCCGCACCCGGACACCAUGCCGGAACAGCAGCUGUUAAAACCCGGAGAGUGGAGUUACUGCGAUUACUUCUGGGCAGACAAGAAGGAUCCUCAGGGGAACACGAUGGUCACUGGGUUCGAGGAACUCCUACAGAAGCAGCUGAAGGGGAAGCAGAUGCAGAAGGAAAUGGCUGAAUUUAUCAGAGAACGGAUAAAGAUAGAAGAAGAAUACGCAAAGAACUUGGCAAAGCUUUCCCAGAAUUCACUGGCAUUCCAAGAGGAGGGGACGCUGGGCGAGGCCUGGGCACAGCUGAAGAAGAGUCUGGCGGAUGAGGCUGAAGUUCAUCUGAAAUUCUCCUCCAAGUUACAGAGUGAAGUAGAGAAACCAUUACUGAACUUCCGAGAAAACUUCAAGAAGGACAUGAAGAAGUUCGACCAUCACAUCGCCGACUUACGAAAACAGCUGAGCAGCCGAUACGCAGCCGUAGAGAAGGCUCGCAAGGCUCUCGCCGAAAGACAAAAAGAUCUGGAAGUAAAAACUCAACAACUAGAAAUUAAACUGAGCAACAAGACAGAGGAGGACAUCAAGAAAGCACGACGGAAGUCCACACAAGCAGGAGAUGACCUGAUGCGCUGUGUGGAUCUGUACAACCAAGCACAGUCAAAAUGGUUCGAAGAGAUGGUGACCACCACCCUGGAGUUGGAGCGAUUGGAGGUGGAGCGGGUGGAGAUGAUCCGGCAGCACCUUUGUCAGUACACACAGCUACGCCAUGAAACGGACAUGUUCAACCAAAGUACGGUGGAGCCGGUGGACCAGCUGCUGCAGAAAGUGGAUCCGGCCAAAGACAGGGAAUUGUGGGUGAAAGAUCACAAGACAGGGGACAUCCGACCCAUCGACAUGGACAUAUAG